UAUGCUCGUCGCCGAAAGUCGCUUCUUGCCCCCCCGCAUUAAGUUAAAGUUUACAUUUAAAUAACGGUUCUACUUACUAACUAUAGCCAAGAAAUUCUAGCAAACGUGUCGCAAUCAAAACGAAAGAUCCUAAAUCUAAAAGUUGUCCAUUAAUUUAUAAUAAUUUAUCAUAAAUCAACUCAACAUUUGUGAAUUAAGAAAGUGUUAUUAAAAUUUGUGAAAAAUUUAGAAAGAUCUACAUUUGAAAACUUCUAUUCAGUGCUGUGUCUUGAUAAUGAGAUAUACGUGUUUAACGAGAAGCUGGAAAAUGCAAAUGACGCAGCAAAAUGAAACGUAGGAAAACAAGAAAUAAAAUACAAAAGCCAGCUGGAGUCAUGUCAUGGGAUUGUUAUAUAAAGGUUCCAAACUCUUGAACAUAAUUCUGGAUUCCCUGGAAGAUCAAGAGGGUGGAGCUAUGUACAUAUCGUGCGAUGUCUCAAACGGAGGUCCUGUGGAACCAGAAACGGGCUAUGUGCCCAAUAAUCCAUUAUUCGGUCUGGCGCUGGACAGUCCACAGCAAGAGUGCGCUGCAUCCUGCGUCGGCUGCUUAUCCUGCCAAGGCAACACAACCCUGCCUAUCUCCUCGCUGACCAGCAGCGACUUUGACUGCGGAGGUUGCUUUGAUCCAACGAUUGGAGUGCUGAGCAGUCAGAUCAACACAACGCCGCCGGCCAGUAAUCUAUCGGCGUGUGGCAGUGGCAACAAUAACAACGGAGCCUCGCUCGCUGGCAACGGCAGCUAUUGGAGUACCGACGAGAUGGCCUCCACAUUUCCCGGCCUACCGCCACUGGACAUAGAUCCGUUGCCCAGUCUGUUUCCCUUCUCACCAUGCGGCGCCUCCUACAAUUUUGCAAGCAAUCCACAUCAGGCCUCCCUCUCCUACACGGUGCAUCCGCAUCAGAUGCUCAUCUCACCGAACGGCAGCCAGCAGCAGGUUCACUCGCAGGCAUCGUCCACACAUUCCCAUCAGCUUCAGCCCCAGCAUAUGCAGCAGGCACUCAACCAGGCAUCGCACGGUGGUAACACGCUCCACAACCACAAUCACAAUAGCAACGGAUUUAUUGGCAAUGCUCCUGGCACUGGCGGAUCCGGUUCUGGCGGUGCCUGUUAUUAUGAUACCACAGCCAAUGCAACAGCACCGCCCAUGUAUCCCAGUAUGAGUGUGAAUGUCAGCAUGAACAUGACCAUGCAUCAUGGCUAUGGUGCCGACGCUGGUGCCGUGCCCAUGCAAUGCUCCCAAAUGAACUGGACGCCGCCGAACAACUCUGCGACGGCCGUUAAUGUGCUCUACCCACCAUUGUUGAGUCCAACGCACUAUCCCGCCUCGGCCACCUAUUCGUUCACCGCUGAUUUCCGUGCACCACCACCAACAUCACUCAGCGGCCUUCCAUCGCUGUCCGACAAGGAGUCGCCGUCGCCACCUGCGUCCAGUACAGCAACUGCGCUGGGCUAUUAUGCAUCGGGUAGUGGUGGGCAGAGUUACACGCCGCCAAACAAGAGUCCCAGCUAUCAGGCAACAGCUCUAAGUCUCGGGCUGGCUACCUUUGAGGACGAGGAGGAGAGCAUCGAGGAUGGGGAUGGGGAUGGCGAUGGUGAGGGCAGCGCCGGCGGUGAUAUGAAACCGAAUUUGUGUCGGCUGUGCGGCAAGACGUAUGCGAGACCAAGCACACUGAAGACGCACCUACGGACCCAUUCCGGGGAGCGGCCGUAUCGCUGUCCGGAUUGCAACAAGAGCUUCUCACAGGCCGCCAAUCUGACGGCACACGUACGCACACAUACGGGACAGAAGCCGUUUCGCUGUCCCAUUUGUGAUAGACGUUUCUCGCAGAGUUCCAGCGUCACCACGCACAUGCGAACCCAUUCCGGCGAGCGGCCAUAUCGUUGCUCAUCCUGCAAGAAGUCCUUCUCGGAUAGCUCCACACUGACCAAACAUCUGCGCAUCCACAGCGGCGAGAAGCCCUACCAAUGCAAAUUGUGUCUACUCAGAUUCUCGCAAUCGGGUAAUCUCAAUCGGCACAUGCGCGUUCAUGGCAACAAUGCGAAUGGAACUGGUGGCAAUGGCAGUGGCAGCAGCAGCAGCAGCAGUAUUGGUGGCAAUACCUCGGGCGUUGGUGGUAGCAGUCUCAUCACAUGACAAAAGCCGCGCAGUGCAGGCGGUUUUCAGCAUUAUCACCCCCCGCACCCGCACCCACACACACACACACAUACGCAUCCACACCACAUGCAUCACCACGGCCACGCCCACGCCUACGACUAUGGGAAUUACAGCAUCAGCGACUACACUCCACCCGGCGCAACACAAAACUAUUCAGGGUAUUAUUUUUGCGCACUCAACAAGCCACCAAAAUUCGAGCGAUUCUAUUAGAGACGUAAUGACCAAGAAACCCAAAUUGAAUGGAAUUACUCAUAAAUAUAAAAAAUUGGCUGCAGUUCCCAAAUAGAACCACAUUGAAAUGCAAUUGUAAAUGCUCAAAGUCCAAUUGACAUCGACAAACUUAAAAAGAAAACAAAAACUAAUCGAGGCCUAAGUGCUUAACUUGUACAUAUAAUCUAUAUAAACUCAUUUUGUAUUUAUUAUUUGCAUCGCAUAUAUACAUAUAGAAACAUUAGCUCAUAUGAAUGUAUAUGGUAGUUGAAAAACACGCAUAAAUCUAUCCAAAAUUAGCCAACGAAUAUACAUUAAGUCAACACAAACCUAGGCAAUAUAACAAAGAUUAUCGAGAUAGUUUUAUAAAUAAAUACUUUUAAUCUGUUGGAUUUAAAUGUGCUAAAUAUUCAUGAACAAAAAUGUAUCUGUUUAAUGUCACUGUAGUGCAAAUCUUAAGAUUUACUUAACAUAAUUCGAAUUAAAAAAAGCUUUCAUCGUUAAUUUUUCGAUUAUUUUCAAAAUUUAUGUGCAUUUAAAUGCCUCAUCAAAACACUGUUUCUGAAACUUCCUUUUUUUUUGGUUACGCUUCUGUAGUUACCAAAUAGCAGCACCCAGAAAAUAUUUAUUUAAGUCAUUGUAUAUUUAGGUAUAAUUGUACUAAUAAGCAUAAUUUUAAGUCAGGUGCUUUGAUUUAAGCCAAUUUUACGUAUACUGAAAUUAAAUGCAUAAAAUAUACAUUCAAACAUUCUAAAACUCAA